CUCGGCGGUGGAACACGGGCCAUGUGCGACGCGUCACUCGGGGCGCGAGGCGUGAGAAACGUCGUUUGCGUCCUGUGGGAUUCUGCAGCGUCCGGUCGCUGGUUUGCAUCGCUUUGCUGCCUCCCCCCCCCCUUCCCCCCCAUCUGCUCUUGCUCGUGGUCACGCUUUCUUCCCGUAGGUCCUGCCACCUUUCCAGCGGCCUCGCGCAGCCACACGGAUAUCCGCUCUGCCAACACCGCCCGGGCGCGACAUCCACGCCCAUGUCGCCAUAGGCGCUGUGUCCCUCGUUCUCGCCUCCAGUCGGCAUGCCAGUGCAGCGCACAAUCUUCGGGCGGCCUGUCAGGCUGCAGAUGCCCCCGCCGAGGUUCCAGGCGCUUUUGCUCGUCGCGCUGGUCGCCAUACUCACCCUCGCCCUCAACGGACCUCCGUCGACCGCCGACCUCCCCACCUACGAGUCCGUCGCCGAGGCUGUCAAAAACCCGCACCUCCCGGACGUAGGCAGCCUGCCCGCUGUGCCCAAUCCAUUUGGCCCCGCGGCGCACAAGCCGCCCAACCCCGCGGCCCAGCCCAACAGCACCGUCGCCAGCGCGUACGGCAAGCUCGCGUGGCUCACCGACUUCAAAUGGCGCAAUCCCUUCUCCUCCAGCAUCACGCUCGACGAGAACACGGCCCUUCUCCCCCCGCUGCGCGAACGGCCGCCCAUCUACACCUACUACAAUGCGCGCAAGAAGCAGGCAAAGGAGGUGGCAGAGGCAGAGAACCGCCUGGUGCUCGCCUGGCGCAGGGCAUGGUGGGCACAGGGCUUUAGGCCAGUGGUGCUGUCGCGGAAAGAAGCCGAGCACCACCCGCACUAUCAGCUGUUCCAGCGCAUGGAGCUCGACUCCAAGGUGGAGGUGGACAUGAUGCGCUGGCUUGCAUGGGCCAACAUGAGGGGAGGCAUCCUGGCCAACUCGCUGGCACUACCCAUGGCCGAGUACGAGAACCCGAUGCUGGCCUUCCUACGCCGACAGGAGUACCCCCAGCUCUCUCGGGUCGAGGGGCUGGACAGCGGUAUCUUCUUCGGCGACCAGGCCGCGGUGGAAGGUGCCCUCAAGAAGCUGGUCAACUGCCCAUUGCUCAAGAACAUGACAGCGAACAAGGACAAGAUCGCAGCAACAGCAGCCAAAGACGGCGGCGCGGUGGUCAACCUGCUGGCCCCAGCCGACAUCGCCAAGGACACAAACGCGAACGGCAUCGCUUACUACAGCACCGCCGUAAUCACCAGCUCCUACAAGACAGUCGCCGACACCCUCACCAACACCACGCAAGCCGAAGGCCUGGACCUGCUGAGCAGUCUGGUCAACUCGCACCUCCACCUCACUUUUCAGGAACUGCACCCUGAGGGUCUGGCAAUCGCGCAGCCCCUCCCUGAGCACACUACGUCCCUGAUCGAACCGUCCAUCGACAUCGCCAGAAACUUGACACAAUGCCCCGCCUCGCCCAUGCCAAAGUCCUGUCCGCCGAACCGGCCAAAGUGCGUGCCCUGCAGCACAAAGAAUUCGCCAAAACUGCAGCUCUUCCCCGAGUUUGUGAACACGACGAAAUUCUUCACCGUCGGCACUGUGCCGCACCCGUACACCAUCAACUCCCUGCACUACACGCGCAACAACCUCGACGUCUCCUUCCUCCGCAACAACGCGAAACGCGAUCUCUGGCUCAACACCCUCACACAGAAGUCCAUCGGCACCGGACACUCGGAAUCCUACCGCCUCCUCCAAUUCAAAGAACUCGUCGCUGCCAACCCAGCACACUCACUCUGGCUCACAGCUGAGCGAACAAGCAAAGAUGACCUGGACUGGAUCUUCGGCUUCGAGCUUCCUACUGCUGCUUCCAAGACUAGAGAGCCUACGAGCCCCAGCGAGAAAAGCGAGUUGAUCGUCUUCCCGCGCCCAGCGUUCCCGGAGCCGGUCAAGGGCAUCGAGGUGCCGGAUAGCAUCUGGACGGAGAAGGAGAAGGGCAGGCUGAACAAGGCGCGGGACGCAAUCAAGAGCAAGGAUCGGUUUACGCAAGGUAUCGUUGAUGCAGUCGAACAGUGGAACCUUGCGGAUACGGAGGCGUGGAAGUUCGCCCGAGCGUACUCGGCGCGCAGAAGAGUGGAGAGAAAGAAGUGGGAGGAAGAAGAGGGCAAGUAUGCUGGCAGUGAGAAAAAAGCUUCUGGCAAGGGAAGAUGGACCGACAGGUUCGUGUUGUAGAAAAGCUGUCGCUAGGUUGCAUCUUCGGCUGGCGUUAGGGGAUAUGUACCCUCUCGUCUUAUUUGUGUGUACAUCUCAUGUAGUAGUCGAAGAGCUCGAAUCUACCUGUGAAUUAUCGC